AUGUUGGGUAGUCUUGACUGCAUGCACUGGGUAUGGACCGGAUACCCUACCUAUUGGGUCGGUCAGUAUAAGGGUCACUAUGCAAAACCAACGGUUAUCUUUGAGGCUGCUGCUUCUUAUGAUUGUUGGAUAUGGCACGCUUUUUUUGGUCUCCCGGGAUCUCAGAACGAUAUAAAUGUUUUAUACAAAUCGCCUUUGUUUGAAGAUUUAAAGUAUGAACUUUCACCUCAGCCACCUUCCGGUGAAACGGGUCGUUCGUAUUCAUAUUUCAAUAGUAGACAAAUGAAUCUGAGAAAGGAUGUGGAACGGGAAUUUGGAAUUCUGAAGCGGAAGUUCGCCAUCAUUUGUGGGCCUUAUCGUGGUCUAAGUGCUCGUGAAAUGCAUAAGACUAUGCUGACUUGCAUCAUUAUGCAUAACAUGGUAAUCCAGGAAACUCGUCGUAAUAAGAAUUGGACUAACCAUCAAGAUGAAGACUUAAGGCACGAUAUUAUCCCAGCAAAAGGAUUACCUGCAAGGAACUAUGCGCAAAUGACUAGUAAUAUUGAGAACAGAACUUUGUAUAACAGGUUAAGGGAAGAUCUCAGAGCGAAUAUGUGGGCUGAGUUUGGAAGAGAUGGAGGACGAAUUAAGUAG